ACAAGUUCAUAACAUACAUUCCCUCAGGUACAGAACAGCAAGAGAUUUCUAUCUCUAGUAGUGAACCAGUUUGUCAAUCUAGCUGAAGGGGGUGGGGAAGAUGAGCAGAGUCGAAAGAGCAAGUGAAAAAGGAUCGGGGAAGUGAAUCCAAGCUACAACCGUGAGGCUGCACUGUUAGCCCAUUAACUAAAAUAAUUCAGCUACCAAGCAAUCCUACAGGGAAAUACUCUGUACGGAGGAUAAGGAGAAACCAUGAGAGCUACGAAGGGAUCUCAGCUGUUAAUGUUGAGUGUGGUUCUGGUGACUGCCCAGGCCCUCACUGUGAAUACACGCGUCAAGGAAGUAAAGGUAGCACAAGGGACUAACGCCACCCUCCCAUGUGAAUUCCAGACCACUGCUGCCACCAGCAGUGCAGACUUCGUUACCUGGAGCAAAACAUCUCCAGAGGAAGAUGUUGUCACAAGGUAUUUUGAUGGCCUUGAGCGCUAUGGGCAGGGUUAUAAAGAUCGUCUGCAAUUCCCUAGCACUCCAGGCACAGAUGUCAGCAUCACCCUCCGUGGGGUGACCAUGGCAGACAACGGAACUUACAGAUGCACUGUCCAACUGCGUGAAGAUUUCCCAACUGCCUCUGCAAACAUAGAUCUUUUGGUCCUUGUGGCUCCAUCCAAGCCAGAAUGUAAAGUCAUAGGGACACCAGAAUAUGGACAGACCAUCAACCUGACCUGCAACUCUCAGCAGGGGUCUCCAAAACCUGAGUAUACCUGGCAAAGCUUCAGCGUACUGAACCAGCCCCGACCACUGGUGUCAGCAUCAGGACAACAGAUAACUCUGAAGAAUGUCUCUGCAGACACCUCCGGCUUUUACAUUUGCACUGCCACCAACAGCGUUGGACAGGAGUUCUGCAACAUGACAGUCUCCAUUGUACCUCCAUCCAUGAACAUUGCCCUCUACGCUGGAGUCAUUGGUGGUGUAGUUGCUGCAAUCAUUGUCAUCGGGAUUUUGGCCUACUGCUGCUGCUGCCGGGGCAGCAAGGACAAGGACUACGAGAUGACUGAGCCAGGAGAUGGUGAGAAGGAGCCCGUCAGGAUUCGGGGACCAGCUGAAGAAGAGAUAGAGGAUGACGAGGAGGGGGAAUAUCGGACGAGUGGCAGGCCACAGAUGCCACCCACCAACAAACCACGACUAGAGAUUUCAUAUGCUGAGGCAUAGUCACCACCAGAGUAGAAAAGGCAAGGAAGAGCUGACUGAUUUAAGUAAUACUGUUUACUCCCGAGUGGUCUGAUCUCAGCUGUGGCUUAGACUGCAAGCUUCCAGGGACUGGGGUCCAUUUCUUUAAAUCCUCCUGGGAGGUGCCUAAUGCACAGUAGGUACCACUAUAAAUAAAUAAGUAAAUAAGACACAAUGUGGAACCAAAACUUGUUUCCCAGCACUAGAACCCUUGCUUCACCCACAGUCACCCACCUUUCCGCAGAAGGGUCCGUGUCAGGUUUAUUUGGGGAGCAAGGGGCAAAUCCCUCAAUGCCAAUUAGUCUGUAUCAUUAGAUCCAUGGAAGAUUUCAGAUUCAUUAAUUGAGGGUCACUGGGAAAGGGCAGACUGGUUAACUUAGGUAGUUUGGUAAAUGCCACAGGUUUCAGGCAAUAGCAUGCACUGUAUAAACCCACCGGGCACAAGCACAGUGGCAUUACCCAGUAUCGGAUCGUUUUAACUUUAAUUUGAUUUUGGGAAGCAGGCUAGUUUAGAAAAUGUCAGGUUUCUUCUUAAGCUUUCACUAAAUGGGGCUUUUGUAUAUAAUCAAAAAUAUAUAACAAAAAUAUAGAACAUGAUUGCAGUUGAUUGCCAGGAGACUCCGCUGGGAACAGCUAUUGCAUUGGUACUAAUGGGAUGUCUAAAAACAGCAGAACUGACCAUUUGAUCUUAUUUUUUGUACUUGCAAAGCUUUUUUGUACUGUAUAGACAUUGUCUGCAGCAGCUGGACUCUAAUCCAUAAUUGGCAGCUGGAAGGUCUAACAGCCAAUCCUUCACCACCUCACUCCAUUUGCCUCUGCACAGAAUAGACCUGUUCCCUCCCAAAGGGAUUCUAAAUGUGCAUUUUCAUGUCCCAUCCCAGAGUCCUCUAUCCUCUGCUUACUCCUUAACUCAGAAACAGAAGGGGCAGAUAGUGGACCAUCUGCCCUUCACACAUGUAGUGGUUAGGAGAAGGGAGAAAACAUGGCAGUUAGUAUCAGAGUGGUAGCCGUCUUAGUCUGUGUCCACAAAAACAAUGAGGAGUCCUGUGGCACC